AUGGCGUCUCUGCUCGUCCAGUACACCGGCGGCAGCGGCCAGUCGGCUGCGGCGGUGAAGCAGCUGCUGUCGAGGUUGAGGUGCUCUUGGAGGAGACGCGCGGCCCGGCCGCGGCGAAGCGCUGUCAGUUUUGCCUAUGACCUGCAUAGCGCUACUCCCAGAACUUCGACGACGGCAUGGCCUAGUCAGCCAGAAUCAGAGGUUUUGUUUUGCACAAGGUCCUCAGAAUCAGAAGCUACAGCUGCAGCAUCAGUGUAUGGUUCCUCACUGAUGAGAGACUGA